CUCCUCCAGAAGACUCCCUCCUCUCCAGUCAGCUGCCAUGCUACAGGUUUCGAUCCUGACAGAGCCGUGAUGUACUGGAGGAAAGAUGGAGAGGAGAUCCAUGAAGGUGUAGACCAAAGAGAGAUCCUUCCCAACAAUGACGGGACCUUCCAGAUGAGUGUUGAUCUGAAACUUUUAUCAGUUACACUUGAAGAGUGGCAGAGGUACGACUGUGUGUUUCAGCUCUCUGGAGUUAGUAGCGACAUUAUCACCAAACUGGACAAAACAGUGAUCAGGACCAAUCGGGAGAAGCCCACUGACAUGGUGAUCUUCAUCAGUGCUGCAAUGGUUGUUCUAGUUUUCAUCCUCAUCGCAGCUGUGGUAUCUGUAGCUUACAAAAAGAAGAAAGCUUUUCAGCUUCUUUCAUAUUCUCCACCCAUGCCUGAUAAUGGCUCUGAGCAGGCUGAGAGACUAAAUCAAAUGUGA